AUGACCCCCAGUGAUGAGGUGAAGUCGAAGUUUUUCUACAACCCCGCCGGACUCCAAAAUUCCAGUUUUAUUGAACAGCGCCACCCGCCCAGAGCAGCCCUGAAGAUCCUCGAAGAUAAGAACACGCCUUUGAAAUUUUAUCCUUCCGACUGCCCAGUGAACGAUGUGAACAGUGAUUCCGACCUGGAUGGGUUUGAUUUGCACGUACCGAGAAACGACAAGCCCCCAGAGACCUCACUCUCUACUCCUUCUCCGAACAAAGUGACCGUCACCACCCAGGUCAAAUCUAUGCCUACCCUACUCAACCCCGAAACUCCCAAAUCGAUUCGACGAAAGAUCCCGAAAAUUUCUCCUUAUUUCCCGACUCUUCCCCCCGGCCCCGAGUCCUGCCUGCCAUUUCCGCCUAUUGAUGCCCAAUAUUUCGGUCUUGUCCAAGAGCAAUUAGCACAUGAUCCCUUCAAGCUGCUGAUUGCGACCAUUUUUCUCAACCGCACUCGAGGCGGAGUGGCAUUACCUGUUCUUUUCAAAGUUUUCGAACGAUACCCCACUAUCGAUGCAAUGGCGAGCGCAGACCAGUCUGAGUUUGUAUCUAUGAUUCAUUGUCUCGGCUUCCAGAACCAACGGGCAACCAGGUGUAUUGAAAUCGCGCGGAUUUGGCAAGCUAAUCCACCGGUCCGCGAAAAACGCUACCGCAAACUACACUACCCCCGCAAACUGGAUGGCCGAGACAUCGAGCGCAACGAAUGUAUUGAUGAUGAAGAUAUGCGCGUGGCGUGGGAGAUUGCACAUUUGCCCGGAGUUGGUGCAUAUUCCCUGGACAGCUGGCGCAUUUUCUGCCGUGAUGAAUUGCGUGGAUUGGCCAAGGACUGGCAAGGGACUGGUGCUACGAUGCCUGGCUUUGUCCCCGAAUGGAAAUCUGUUCUGCCGCAGGAUAAAGAGUUGCGUGCAUAUCUGACGUGGCUAUGGCUGAAGGAAGGCUGGAUCUGGGAUCACCAUACGGGUGACUUGGAACCGGCUUGUGACAAGACGCAGCGCGCAGCUAAGCUUGGUGGCAUUGCACAUGAGGAUGACGGGAACUGGGUUCUGGAGACCUCACCAGUAAAAGUGAAUAAUGGUUUCCAUGCGGUUGAGUAA